AUGGCGCGCGUCGUGAAGUUCUCCCUGGCGACGCUCGCUGUCCUGCGUGCUGGCGCCCUCGACUCGGCAGCGGAGGCGGAGGCGGAGGAGUUCAGUGCCGGGGCCCUGGCAGCGGAGGUUCAGGAGUCGAGUGGCCACAGGGCGUACUUGGACGUUACCGUUGGGGCGGUCAGUGCCGGGGCCCAGGCAGCGGAGGUUCAGGAGUUGAGUGGCCACGGCCACAGGGCCUACAUGGACGUCACCGUUGGGGCGGUCAGCGCUGGGGCCCAGGCAGCGGAGGUUCAGGAGUUGAGUGGCCACCGCCAGAAGGCGUACUUGGACGUCGUCGCCGGGGCGGUCAGCGCCGUGCCUUUUCCCAAGGAAGCCGAGGUGGAUGAGCUCGAUACCGGAGAUCGCCCCAAGGGUGCACGCAGGCGGGCCCGUGAGCGCGCGAUCGCGGCACAGACCGCGGAGGACGUCGCCAAGACGGGUUGCGCUCAGCUUGGUGGCGACAAGUGGUUCUCGGAUGCGCACGGCGAGCUGUUCCAGGUGAAGCAGGACCAUUGCUCGAUCACGUUCCCGCUGAAGACCAGGACGGGGAAGGUCGAGAAGCGCGGCGUCAUCCGGGGUGCCAACGUGCUUGUGGAGCCGCCCUUCCCCGAGGGCAUGGUGGCGGGAGCCAGCGUCAAGUUCGACAAUGGCGCCCAGUGGGAGCGCAAGUGGUAG